AUCAAGCACCUAGGCAUGCAGACUGCUUCUACAAACAUUUGUGAAAGAAUGGGUCACUCUCAGGACCUCAGUGAAAAGAAUGGUACCUUGAUAGGUUGCCACCUGUGCAAUAAGUCCAUCCGUGAAAUUUCCUUGCUACUAAAUAUUUCAUGGUCAACUGUUAGUGGUAUUAUAACAAAAUGGAAACAACUGGGAACAGCAGCAACUCAGCCACGAAGUGGUAGGCCACGUAAAAUGACAGUGUGGGGUCAGAGCGUGCUGAAGCGCAUAGUGCACAGAAGUCACCAACUGUCUGCAGAGUCAAUAACUAAACUUCAUGUGGCCUUCAGAUUAGCACAACAACAGUGCAUAGAGAGCUUCAUGGAAUGGGUUUCUAUGGCCAAGCAGCUGCAUCCAAGCCUUACAUCACCAUUGCAAUGCAAAGCAUUGGAUGCAGUGGUGUAAAGCAAGCCGCCACUGGACUCUAGAGCGGUACUUGCCUGACUGCAUUGUGCCAAGUGUAAACUUU